UCGGGCGGGGCGCGAUGGAGCUGGGCGAGUUGCUCUACCACAAGUCCGAGUACAUCGAGACGGCCUCCGGGAACAAGGUCAGCAGGCAGUCGGUGCUCUGCGGCAGCCAGAACAUCGUCCUCAACGGCAAGACCAUCGUCAUGAACGACUGCAUCAUCCGCGGGGACCUGGCCAAUGUGCGGGUGGGGCGCCACUGCGUGGUCAAGAGCCGCAGCGUCAUCCGGCCCCCCUUCAAGAAAUUCAGCAAGGGAGUCGCUUUCUUCCCGCUACACAUUGGGGACCACGUCUUCAUCGAGGAGGACUGUGUGGUCAACGCAGCUCAGAUUGGCUCCUACGUCCACAUCGGCAAGAACUGCGUCAUUGGCCGCCGCUGCGUCCUGAAAGAUUGUUGCCGAAUCCUCGACAACACGGUCUUGCCCCCGGAAACGGUAGUCCCACCUUUUACGGUCUUCUCAGGCUGCCCAGGGCUCUUCUCUGGAGAACUCCCCGAAUGCACGCAGGAGCUGAUGAUCGACGUCACCAAGAGCUACUACCAGAAGUUCCUGCCCCUCACCCAGGUGUAGGCCUCACCCCAUAGCUCGGCUCAGGC